UCUAAAUCAUCACCAUCACUGAAAUCCCCCAACACCUCCACUAAAACAUCUCAGCCACAGUCUGCUCUGUGUUCACCGGUGCGCUGGAGCCGGAAAUAUGACGUGUUUGUAUGCCACAGCUCGGUGCAUAUUGACAUUGAAGAAGCCAUACAGUUGGUCUCUUUCUUGGAGGCCUCCCCCCACAGCCUUAGAUGCUUCUUAUGGCAGAGGGAUGCCAGUCCAGGAGGUGCCAUCCCCACAGAACUAUGUCAGGCUGUGCAGAACAGCCAUUGCAGGGCACUGCUUAUCACGCCUAACUUUCUUGAGGAUGAGUGGUGCAUGUACAUGAUGCACCAGGCUCUGGCAGAGGGACCCAUGUCCAACAGAAUGAUUCCACUGAUCCACAACUUGUCCACCUCUCAGUAUCCGCUGGAACUUAAGUUCUACUACUACAUUGACCUCAGCAGGAACCCUGAACAUGGUUAUACCCUGCUCAGCAAGUCUGUGCUGAAGUACCUGGAAGAUAUGGUUGAAAAGGAGAAGACAGUUGACUACAAAAUGGAAAGCUCUAGCAACAGUUUCGAUGGGGCAGAUGGCACAAAAACUGACAUUUGA